GCUUUCGCGCAACAGAGCACGUGUUAGACAGUUUCGCUCUGCAAAUACGGUUUAAACUUGCGGAAACCUAUAUUUUGGUUGCUUUCAUAGUUAAAUGUGCUUAUUAAAUAACUAUACAGUGAUAUGUGAAGGCUCUCUUUGGCUGCAAUUUGUAUAAUAUCCUUCCAACGAGCCAAAAAGUGCGCGAGUGUCAACUAAUUAUCCAAUUGGAAACGCUGCUCAGUAGCUUCUGUUAAACGGCGGCCGUCUGUGCUUAAUUCUUUAGUUUCACAAUUGCCAGAGAGAGAGAGAGAGAGGGACAGCGUGUGUUACUCAAUUUCCAAUUAGUCUGUUUUUGCUUGCCUAGUGUAAUUUUUUUUCAAUGAGCAGAAAAGUGCGCGAGUGUCAACUAAUUAUCCAAUUGGAAACGUUGCUCAAAAGGCGCUGAUCAGCUUCUGUUAAACUGCAGCUGCUGUGUUAAAUUCUGCUAUUGCGUGAGAGAGCGCGCAUGUGUUAACCCAAUUUCCAGCUGGAAGCACAGCUAAUUUGCAAUGGACGCUGAUCAACGGCCUGUAUUGUUGUUCUUGUUGCUUGUUGUUUUGCUUUUAAUGCAAUUUAAUGCUCUUAUACGCACACAGGCUUGCGUGUUGUGUAAAGAACACGUGCAUGCCGAUACAUGUAAAUGCGUACAUAUAAACGAUUAUGUACCAAAAAUUUCAAACUUGACUUUCGGCCGGGUCGCGGCCUUUACGAUCUGCAAAUUAAGAACACCUCCUACAAUCGGGACAAUGGACGGUUUGAGUGCCGCAUCAAGGCCAAAGGCACCGGCGCCGAUGUGCAUCAGGAGUUUUACAAUGUGACCGUGCUAACAGCACCACAUCCGCCCAUGGUGACGCCCGGCAAUAUUGCGGUGGCCACCGAGGAGAAACCACUCGAGUUGACCUGCAGCAGCAUCGGCGGCUCACCGGAUCCCACGAUAACCUGGUUCCGCGAGGGCAGCAAAGUGCCAUUGCAGUCGUAUGCGCUAAAGGGCGGCUCCAAGAACCACUACACAAAUGCCACACUGCAGAUACUGCCCAGACGGGCCGACGAUGGUGCCAAGUACAUAUGCGUCGUUUGGAAUCGUGCCAUGCCCGAGGGACAUACGCUGGAGACGAGCGUCACACUGAAUGUCAACUAUUAUCCACGCGUGGAUGUGGGACCACAGAACCCUCUGCGCAUCGAACGCGAUCACAUUGCCAAGCUGGAUUGCCGCGUGGACGCCAAGCCGAUGGUGUCGAAUGUACGCUGGUCACGCAAUGGCCAGUAUGUGAGUGCCACGCCCAGUCAUACGAUCUAUCGUGUGAGUCGCCACCAUGCCGGCAAAUAUACAUGCAGUGCGGACAACGGUCUGGGCAAGACCGGCGAGAAGGACAUCAUAUUGGAUGUACUCUAUGCGCCCAUUGUGACCAUUGAAUCGAAGACCCACGAGGCCGAGGAGGGCGAAACGGUGCUGGUGCGUUGCAAUGUUACCGCCAAUCCGCCGCCGAUUGCCAUAGAAUGGCUAAAGGAAGGUGCUCCGGACUUUCGUUAUGCCGGCGAACUGCUCACCCUGGUCUCGGUGCGGGCGGAGCAUGCGGGCAAUUAUAUUUGCCGUUCCGUGAAUCUGAUGCAGCCCUUCAACUCGAAACGCAUUGAGGGCGUGGGUAAUUCCACGGUGGCGCUGCUGGUGCGCCAUCGUCCCGGCCAGGCAUACAUAACGCCCAACAAGCCUGUAGUGCAUGUCGGCAACGGUGUGACGCUCAGCUGUUCGGCCAAUCCGCCCGGCUGGCCGGUGCCGCAGUAUCGCUGGUUCCGCGACAUGGACGGCGAGCUGAGCAAUACGCAAAAGAUUCUGGCCCAGGGACCGCAAUACUCCAUACCGAAGGCCCAUUUGGGCAGCGAGGGCCGCUAUCAUUGUCAUGCCGUCAACGAGCUGGGCAUUGGGAAAAUGGCCACCAUUGUCCUGGAGGUGCAUCAGCCGCCGCAAUUUCUGGCCAAGCUGCAGCAGCACAUGACGCGACGUGUGGGCGAUGUCGACUAUGCGGUCACGUGCAGCGCCAAGGCGAAGCCGACACCCCAUAUACGCUGGAUCAAGGAUGGCACCGAGAUUCUGCCUGCCCGUAAGCUCUACGAGAUACGCACCACGCCCACUGAUGCCGGCGGGGGCGUUGUGACCGUGCAAAGUAUUUUACGUUUCCGCGGCAAGGCGCGUCCCAAUGGCAAUCAGCUGCUGCCCGGCGAUCGCGGUCUCUUCACCUGCCUCUACGAGAACGAUGUGAACUCGGCGAACUCCUCGAUGCAUCUGCGCAUCGAACACGAACCGAUUGUCCUGCAUCAGUACAAUAAGGUGGCGUACGAUGUGCGCGAGUCGGCGGAGGUGGUGUGCAAGGUGCAGGCAUAUCCGAAGCCGGAGUUUCAGUGGCAAUUCGGCAGCAAUCCCUCGCCCCUGACCAUGUCCUCCGAUGGCCAUUAUGAGAUUAGCACACGCAUGGAGAGCAAUGACAUCUAUACAUCCAUAUUGCGUAUUGCCCAUCUGCAGCACUCGGAUUACGGGGAGUACACCUGCCGGGCUGUCAAUCCACUAGACACCAUACGCACCCAGAUCCGACUGCAGCCGAAGGGCGCGCCGGAGAAGCCCAACGCCUUGAAGGUGCUCGAGGUCGCACACAAUUAUGCGGUGCUCAGCUGGCAGCCCGGCUUCAAUGGCGGCCUCAUGAGCACCAAGUACUUGGUCAGCUAUCGUCGCGUGGCCACGCCUCGUGAGCAACUGCUGUCGGAGUGCUCCGGGAAUGUGUAUACGCCAAGCUAUCAGGUGAGCAGCUCGUCCGCACAGGUGGGCGCCCACGAAUGGAUCGAAUUCAAUUGCUUUCGCGAGAAUCCCUGCAAGCUGGCGCCGCUGGACCAGCACCAGAGCUACAUGUUCAAGGUCUAUGCGUUGAAUGCCAAGGGCACAUCUGGCUAUUCGAAUGAGGUGCUGGCCACCACCAAGGUGAGCAAGAUACCGCCGCCGCUGCACGUCAGCUAUGAUCCCAAUUCCCAUGUGCUGGGCAUCAAUGUGGCAGCCACUUGUCUAUCCCUAAUCGCUGUCGUCGAGUCUCUGGUUGCCCGCGACGCCACCGUGCCCAUGUGGGAGAUUGUCGAGACGCUGACGCUGCCGCCCUCGGGCAGUGAAACUACCUUCAAGGAGGCUGUCAUCAAUCAUAAAGCGCGCACCGCACACUACACCACGGCCACCACAUCGGGACGCAGUUUAGGGCCAGGCAGCGGACAGCUCGGCGAGGAUCGCACCAUGGCGCUGGCGGAGACAGCUGGUCCGGGUCCUGUGGUGCGCGUCAAACUGUGUCUGUUAGCCAAUCAUGAGCACUGUGGUGCCUAUGCCAAUGCGGAAAUUGGCAAAUCCUACAUGCCGCACAGCUCGUCACUUACCACCUCCGUCCUGGUGGCCAUCAUCAUAGCGGGGCUGUUCUUUGUGCUGCUGUUGGGUCUGCUCUACGCCUUCUGUCGCUGCCGGCGCACGCAUGCGGCCAAGAAGCUGGCAGCGGCCGCUGCUACAACGACACCAAAUGCCGCCAGCCAAGGCGCCAAGGAGUUCGAUAUGGAUGCAUCACGCGGCUCACUGGUGGUGGCCGCAACUGGAGACCCACAGCAGUCGCAAUCGGGUCUGCCGCCACCGCCGCCGCCCUACUAUCCGACUGGCAGCCUGGACAGCAAGCAGCUGGAUGGUGGCAUGGAGCUAACACUAACGGCCCUCCACGAUCCCGACGAGCAGCUAAACAUGCAGCAGGGCGAGAUGCACACACAGCAGCAGCAGCAACAGUAUCAGACGCAGCCCAAAUGCCAGGCUCAGGCACUCUACCAGCAGCAGCCGCAUCCGAAUGGCUAUGGAUAUCAUGUGACAAGUGCCAUUGGCAUCGAUGGCGACAGCUAUCAAGUGCUGCCAACCGCCGCUGGACAGCAUGGCGAGUCAGGACCACUUGAGGCGACACCCGUUCCAGCCAACCUACAAGCAGCUGCUGCAGCAGCAGCACGCGCCGCCAAGCUAACGAAGCAGCCCACCACCAGCAAUACAACCACCACCCCCACUACCACCAGCAACUCCACCGGCAACAACAACAAGACGAGCAACAACUCCACCUUAAAGCGUGGCAGCCUUGGCCAGGUGAGGGGACAACAGGUACAGCAGCAGCAGAAACAGUUGCAGCAGGUGACCGCAGCCACGGCAGCCACCACCACAGCGCUUGCAACGACAAUUACAACAACAUCACGUAAUGCCAAAACCGCAACAACAACAACAACGCUCGCCAUCACAGGGUCGAACAACGUGAACGCCAGCGGCAGCCAGGAGAACAACUACAGCAAUGCACGCGAUCUGUCACAGGAGGCGCUCUGGCGCCUCCAACUGGCCGCGGCUCAAAGCCAACAAAUCUAUGUCGAACAGCGACCACCAUCCGCAUUCAGCGGCUUGAUGGACUAUGCCGGCUAUCCGCACAUAAGCACGGUGACCAGUUCGCUUAGCCAGCAAAGUUUUGGACAGCAGCAGCCAGGGACAAGCCAGCAGCAGCCGCUGGCGCCGCACGAGAUGCUGCAGGCGGCGCAACGCUAUGGAACGCUGCGCAAGUCCAAGCAACCACCGCUGCCGCCGCAGCGCAAGGAUCAACAGCAACAGCAGCAGCAACAACAGCUAGCGGACAUUAUACAGGAUUUAGCAAAUUAAACUAAUUGCCAGUUAAGAGACAUAGCAACAACAACAACAACCAAUUGCAACCAGAAAAUAUGAAAAUAAAAUGAAUAUAAAAAAACGAUUUAAAAUUAACAACACGUUUUGACAUUAGCAUUAAGUAAGUAAAAUUAGCGGAAACACGUUAAAUUCAACACAAUUUAGUCGUUUAAGUGGCACUUCUUCUAUCCAAAAAAAAAA